AUGGACGAGUUGAAGCGAGCCGCGACGGUUGAUACUACCGCUGACCUUGCCACGAGCACCACCACCACCACUACCACCAGCAGCACAUUUCUCAAGACUGUUCGUGUGACGACGUCGAACCGCUCAGAUUCGACAGAAUACCUGGAAGGCCUGGACUAUGUGAACCCACUCGAUUCCAGUUCGCGUUGGUACCUCAACGUUCGUGCCUCGGCCAUCCGCUAUGCCGCCAGCAUUGGCUGCAGCAUUGGCAACCGUUCUUUCCCCCCUGUACCGUCUCCCUCACAGCAAGUCUGGCUAGAUUCCACCCUUUCGGCGUGGAAAGGUUGCCGAAAGAUAAAAGUCGAGGUGUGGGUACCACCGAGCAUAUCUGUCGGACCGCGACCGGCUGUCAUAAACUUUCACGGCGGGGGAUGGAUCCUCGGUCAAGGGACCGAUGAUGCCCGUUGGGUCGGCACAGUCAUGAGUGCUCUCGAUGCAGUCGUAUUCACCGUCAACUAUCGCCUGGCUCCUAGCUAUCCUUUCCCCACCCCCGUUGAAGACUGUGUCGAUGCCAUCUUCCAGAUUGCCGCCCGUGCCUCCGAGUUUGGCAUUGAUCCGUCCCGCCUUCUUCUCUCCGGCUUCUCGGCCGGCGCCACAAUGGCCCUCAGCAGCUGGGUCGUCCUCCAGGAUCCGUCGAGGUGGAACUACGUACCGCCUGCAGAGUCUCCUGAGAUACUGGGCCUGAUCAUGUUCUAUCCCACCCUCGACGUCACCGCCUCACGGUCAGAGAAACGGCGGACAUGCACUCGGCCAGAACGAACCCUGCCGCCUUCAUUGACGGACCUGUUUGACGCCUCGUACCUUUAUCCCCCAAUGUCACGUCAACAGCUCUCGGACCCGAGACUAUCCCCGGGUCUCAUGUCGGACGAGCUUCUCAAGAAGCUUCCUCCGGUUCACCUUUGCCUCUGCGAACAUGACAUGCUUCUUGCAGAGGCCCUGCGUUUUUGCCAGAGGCUAGAACGAUGCGACAAGGCAGUAUCUGUUCGCGUCGUCCAUGGUGAGUCUCACGCAUGGGAUAAGCCACCGCCAAUGGCCCCAAAGGAGAGUGUCAGAGUCGAGUACGCCGAGGCUACGCGAGCCAUGGCUCGCUGGCUCAUCCAGGAAUGCGAGACGGAUGGAGAGUCUACUAUGAGAUUGGCGCCUCACAAAGCGCCUCGCAUUCGACGGCCAAAGCAUCUGAUUUUUCGGUCAAGAAGCGCUCGAUAG